UAUCAUUUGGAAAAUUCAAUAUGAUUUUCUUAAACCUUUUCUUGUUAUUGUGUUUUACUUGUCGCCUUGGGCAUGGCGUUGGGCUUCAUGGGUUUCAUUUUCGUGGCUUAGAAGAACCACGAUCUUUGAACAAAGCAAAUCCCGAAAAUAUAACCGAAUCAUGGAUCGUACAGUAUGUCGAUCAUUUCAAUCCCCGGGACAAUCGCACGUGGUCAAUGCGAUAUCUUGAAAAUUCAAGAUUUUUUAAAAAAAAUGGACCGAUUUUGAUCAUGAUCGGAGGAGAAUGGGCAAUAAAUAGAGGUUUCUUGGAAGCUGGUUUAAUGUACGAGAUCGCCUCUUCUCAUAACGCGCAAAUGUAUUAUACCGAGCAUCGAUUUUACGGCAAAAGUAAACCAACUGAAGAUACAAGUUCAGAAAAUUUGCAGUAUCUAAGCGUAGAUCAAGCACUGGAAGAUAUAGCGUAUUUUAUCAAAACAAAGAAAAGGCAAGAAAGGUUUAAGAAUAGCACUGUCAUUGUUUUUGGUGGAUCUUAUGCUGGAAGUGUUGCAACUUGGGCCAGGCUUAAAUAUCCUCAUCUCAUCCAGGGUGCACUGGCUAGUAGUGCUCCAGUUCUCGCUAAAGCUGAUUUUUAUGAAUAUUACGAAGUCGUGACCGAAUCACUGCGUAAGUACAGCCAAAAAUGUGUCGAUGAAAUUGAAGCUGCAUUCGUUGAAGUCGAAGAAUUAUUAAUCACUGAAGGUGGCCCGGAAAAAUUGAAAAAAUGGUUCAACUUGUGCGACGUUCCAGUUGCAAGAUAUUUCGACGAUGAGGGACAUCUAGAGAACCUUUUAGCUGAGGAAUUUGCUAGCAUUGUUCAAUACAAUAAAGUGGAAAACGGUCAAACAAAAAUCGCCGCUUGCUGUAAGAACAUGACUGCUUCGUAUUUAGGUAGUCCUCUUCAAAGAUUGGCGCAUUUGGUUUCAAGCAAAGAUAAAUGUUUGAAAAAUAAUUACAAUAAGUUUGUCAAAUUAUAUCAAAAUCAUACAUGGGAUGCUCAGCCUGAUAUAAUGAGGCAAUGGUACUACCAGACAUGCACGGAAUACGGUUAUUACCAAACGUCGAAUUCAAAGAAUUCAAUAUUUGGAACGUUAUUUCCAUUACGAUAUUUUACAGAUAUUUGCCGCGAUUUAUACGGAAAUUAUUAUGAUCGCAUAUUUUUGAACACCAGAAUUGAAAGAACAAACAUAAUGUACGGUGGCAUACGGCCAGAUUUGAGAAACGUAAUUUUUACCAACGGAGACGUUGAUCCGUGGCAUGCUUUAUCUGUUCUUCAAGAUCUAAAUACACAUUCACCUGCCAUACUUAUCAAAGGAUCUUCACACUGUCGUGAUUUGUAUAGCGAUUCAGAUACGGAUGUUGAAGAUCUUAUUCAAGCUAGAGCUAAAGUACGCAAGAUUAUUGGAACCUGGAUUUCUUCUUAAGUUCGAUGCCGUAUUCAUCGUUAAAAAACAAAAGGGCAUAAAAUGAGUAUAUUAUCCACGUCGGAAUAUGUAAUUAAGUUUCGCAAGAGCAAUCACGGGAGACGUGGUUAAACCGAGAUUACCUGGU